GGAACGGGACCACGAGAAAAAAAAAACUGAGACAUUGGGAAGAUGCUCACAGUUGUUUCCUCUGGAACACUCUUGUGAAUCGUAUCAUUUCAUGUCUGAGAAAGACCGAGAAGUCUCCAUUAAUAUCACUAUUCUCAAAUUUAAUGUGCAUCCACUCUCACCCUCACAACCUAGAAUCUCUUGGACACUUCUCUAAGCAUCCAAAAGCCAAGUAACCAACACCAACCCCAUAUAUAUAUACUUAAGUUGUCUUGGUUAAAUAUCAGCAAAAGCAAACAAAGAGAAACAAACAGUAGUUCAGCAUCAAGCUAAUCACAUGGCUUUGGCACGUUUGGCAUUGAAAAAUUUGCAGCACAAGGUGUACACUUCCUCUUCCUUGAUUGGCCAUGAUGGUGUGCAUAAGCCGAGGUGGAGCAAUGAGUUGCUCAGAAGGUUUGCUAGUGCUGCAGCCGGUGAUAAGGGAAAAUCUGAAGGCAGUGAAGUUGCUGUGACAGAAGGGAAAAAGUCCAAUAGGUUGUCCCCUACGAGAAGGGGCAGAAGAUGGGGUUGGAGAAAUGAUGAUCGUGAUUUCCCUCCUGCUCUUUAUGAAUUCUUUCCCUCAGGGCUUGGGAAUGCACUGAUGCAGGCAACUGAGAACAUAAACAGGUUGUUUGAGGACAUGAAACUGACACCAUGGUCUCUGAGUGGGCGUGUGAAAGAAAAGGAUGACCAUUACAAACUGCGGUACGAGAUGCCAGGGAUUGCCAAAGAGGAUGUGAAGAUCACCAUUGAUGAUGGGGUGCUGACAAUAAAGGGAGAGCACAAGGAAGAGAAGGAAGAAAGGGAUGAUGAUGAGUAUUGGUCUUCAAGUAGUUAUGGAUACUAUAACACAAGCCUCGUUUUGCCUGAUGAUGCCAAGCCUGAUGAAAUUAAGGCAGAGUUGAAGGACGGUGUCCUUACUGUAAUUGUUCCUAGGACUCAGAAGCCCCAAAAGGAUGUCAAGCAUGUCACAGUACAAUGAUGUAUUUAUAGGGGUGUGCUGUGGUUAUCAACUUUGUGACUUUUGUGUGUGAUUUUGGACCCAAGAGAAAUAACUAAAUAAAAUUUCAGACCUGUUC